CUCCAACAUGGCUGCGCCCAGGAGAGUUGAUGUGCUUGUACCCUCUGCGGCUUCUGGGGAUAGAGUGGGAGAAACUGCCGAAGGAGAGAGCACCCGCGUGGCGAGAACCCAGCCUGAGUCAAGGCGGAGUAUUGCCAUGGACAGCAACCACCAAAGUAAUUACAAACUCAGUAAAACUGAGAAGAAGUUCUUAAGGAAACAGAUUAAAGCCAGGCAUACUUUGCUGAGACAUGAAGGCAUUGAGACAGUAUCCUAUGCUACUCAGAGCCUGAUUGUUGCCAAUGGUGGUUUGGGUAACCGAGUGAGUAGGAACCAACUGCUCCUGGUGUUAGAGAAGUGUGGAUUGGUGGAUGCUCUCUUAAUGCCACCUAAUAAGCCCUACUCAUUUGUAAGAUACAAAACUGUAGAAGAAUCCAAAAAAGCCUAUGAUACUCUCAAUGGAAAAGAAAUAGUGGAUGACUUAGGACAAAAGAUUAUUCUGUACUUGAAUUUUGUGGAAAAAGCACAGUGGAAAGAGUUGGGGCUUCAAGCCUUGCCUCCAGGCCUCAUGGUAAUGGAAGACAUUAUUUCUUCUGAGGAUGAGAAAAUGCUUUUGGAAAGUGUUAACUGGACAGAAGAUACAGACAAUCAAAAUUUUCAAAAAUCCUUAAAACACAGAAGAGUAAAGCAUUUUGGCUAUGAAUUCCACUAUGAGAACAACCAUGUAGAUAAAGAUAAGCCAUUACCUGGGGGUCUUCCGGACAUUUGUGAUAGCAUUUUGGAGAAAUGGUUGAAGGAAGGUUUCAUUAAACAUAAACCUGAUCAACUGACUGUUAACCAGUAUGAACCUGGGCAUGGAAUUCCUGCUCAUAUUGACACACAUUCUGCGUUUGAGGAUGAGAUCGUUUCUCUCAGUUUGGGGUCAGAGAUUGUCAUGGAUUUUAAGCACCCAGGUGGUGUCACAGUGCCUGUUAUGCUGCCUUGUAGGAGUUUGCUGGUGAUGACAGGAGAAUCUAGAUACCUUUGGACCCAUGGCAUCACACCCAGAAAAUUUGAUACUGUUCAAGCGUCCAGGGGUCACAAAAGUGGAAUUAUCACUGGAGAUGUUGAAGACUUAACUUUAAGCAAGAGGGGAAUACGGACAUCAUUUACCUUUAGGAAAGUGAGGCAAACACCUUGUAAUUGUAGUUACCCUUUGGUCUGUGACAGCCAGAUGAAGGAGACUUCCACAUCAUUUCCAGAGAGUGAUAAAGAAGCCUCACAACUGGAGCAAGAAUAUGUCCAUCAAGUUUACGAAGAAAUUGCUAGACACUUUAGCAGCACGAGACAUACCCCUUGGCCACACAUCGUGGAGUUUUUGAAAGCUUUGCCAAGUGGUUCAUUAGUUGCUGAUAUUGGAUGUGGAAAUGGAAAAUAUCUUGGCAUCAAUAAGGAGUUAUAUAUGAUUGGCUGUGAUCGUAGCCAAAACCUUGUGGACAUUUGUAGAGAGAAGCAUUAUCAGGCCUUUGUCUGUGAUGCUUUGGCAGUACCAGUCCGCAGUGGGUCUUGUGAUGCUUGCAUCUCCAUUGCUGUUAUUCACCAUUUUGCUACAGCAGAGCGUAGAGUGGCAGCUCUCCAAGAACUUGUUCGACUCCUAAGACCUGGUGGGAAGGCACUCAUCUAUGUUUGGGCAAUGGAACAAGAAUAUAAUAAUAAUAAGUCCAAGUAUCUUAGAGAAAACAGAAUUAGCCAAGAAAAGAAAGAGGAAAUCAGCAAUGAUACAUCAGUGCAAGAGUUGCUUGUGAAGCAGAUGCCUGAUGUGGGCAAUCACGAUUCAGCACCUUCUGUUCCCUCCAUUAAUGACUUUCAGGAUAGAGGAUAUAAUUCAAGGAAAGUUACUAAUUCCAAGUUGCCUAUUCACACUAAUAGGACUUCUUUUCAUUCUCAAGACUUACUGGUUCCCUGGCACCUUAAGGAAAAUCCUGGUAAGGGCAAGUCUAUUGAGCCAUUUGGACCAUUAGGAUCCCAUGACCCAGGUCCUGUGUUUCAUCGUUACUACCAUGUGUUCUGUGAGGGAGAAAUGGAAGCUGCCUGCCAGACUUUGAAUAAUAUCAGCAUACUGCAAAGCUACUAUGAUCAGGGGAACUGGUGUGUGAUUCUUCAAAAGGUCUGAUCAUCUCUAUGAACAUAUAUACAGUGAAUAAAUGUUCAGCUUUUUUUAAAAAAAAGGAGAUUAAAUUACCUGUAUUAUUAGUUAAAGAGAAACCAUGAGGAAAAGUAUCAAAGGAGAGUGCCUGAGAGAAAUUGUAAGUAGAGAUUAGUUAGGAAAUAUUCGAUCUUCUACUAUUGCUGACAUCAUUUAAUCCAUAAAUGUAGGCUUCUCCUAUAGGGAGUAACAGGGAUGGUUUUUAAAAGUGAUUGAAGUAGUUUGUGAAAUAUUUGGGAUCCUAGGGUAAGAGCACAGCAUUUUAAAGGUAAACUUUUGUUAUAAAGUGUUACUAAAUGAACUAAAUCGUAUAGAAUCUUAGUGAAGUAAUCACAUAACAUUUUAUCAAUAAUAAAGAAAAUAUUCCUGUUCAGUAGAAAA